UGAGGGAAAGCCCCUCGGCAAGGACUAAGUUUCCAAACUUGCAGACAAGACAGGGAGAGUCAAGGAAGAGUUCACGGGAAGCCCUUUAAAACAGAAGGGAAGUGGGGCUGGCGGCAGAGAGCUGUGCCUGGUCCCAGGCAGCCCUGCGGCCUCUGGGGACGUGGAGACCCUGCUUCUGAGAGUGCUGCGGGGUGGCCACCUGUGAAGCCCGGCCACCCAAAACUGGACUGCCUGGCUUUCUUAACAUAGACCCAUCUUCUGCUUGAACUAGAAGCUGACCUCCAACGAGAGCCAGGUGACCCCUCAGGAGAGAAUGGCCCAUGUGGGGGACCGUCAGUGGACGCCCUGGCUCCCCGUCCUGGUGGUGUCUCUGAUGUGCUCGGCCAGAGCGGAAUACUCAAACUGUGGCGAGAAUGAGUACUACAACCAGACCACCGGGCUGUGCCAGGAGUGUCCCCAAUGCGGGCCGGGGGAGGAGCCCUACAUGUCCUGCGGCUACGGCACCAAAGACGAGGACUAUGGAUGCGUCCCCUGCCCGGCAGAGAAGUUUUCCAAAGGUGGCUACCAGAUAUGCAGGCGCCACAAAGACUGUGAGGGCUUCUUCCGGGCCACCGUGCUGACGCCAGGGGACAUGGAGAACGACGCCGAGUGUGGGCCUUGUCUCCCUGGCUACUACAUGCUGGAGAACAGGCCCAGGAACAUCUACGGCAUGGUCUGCUACUCCUGUCUGCUGGCUCCCCCCAACACCAAGGAAUGUGUGGGAGCCACUUCGGGAGUCUCUGCCAGCUUCCCCAGCACGUCCGGCAGCAGCACACUGUCCCCCUUCCAGCACACCCAUAAAGAGCUCUCAAGCCAAGGACACCUGGCCACCGCCCUGAUCAUCGCCAUGUCCACCAUCUUCAUCAUGGCCAUCGCCAUCGUCCUCAUCAUCAUGUUCUACAUCAUGAAGACGAAGCCUUCUGCCCCAGCCUGCUGCGCCAGCCACCCGGGGAAGAGCGUGGAGGCCCCAGUGAGCAAGGACGAGGAGAAGAAAGAGGCCCCAGACACGGUGGUGAUCUUCUCUGAGAAGGACGAAUUCGAGAAGCUGACAGCAGCUCCAGCAAAGCCCGCCAAGAGCGAGAAUGACGCCUCGUCCGAGAACGAGCAGCUGCUGAGCCGCAGCGUGGACAGUGACGAGGAGCCCGCACCCGACAAGCAGGGCUCCCCAGAGCUGUGCCUGCUGUCGCUGGUGCACCUGGCCAGGGAGAAGUCGGCCGCCAGCAACAAGUCAGCCGGGAUUCAGAGCCGAAGGAAGAAGAUACUGGAUGUGUAUGCCAACGUGUGCGGAGUCGUGGAGGGUCUCAGCCCCACGGAGCUGCCCUUUGAUUGCCUCGAGAAGACGAGCCGGAUGCUCAGCUCCACGUACAACUCUGAGAAGGCCAUCGUGAAGACGUGGCGCCACCUUGCCGAGAGCUUCGGACUGAAGAGGGAUGAGAUCGGGGGCAUGACGGACGGCAUGCAGCUCUUUGACCGCAUCAGCACGGCGGGCUACAGCAUCCCCGAGCUGCUCACGAAACUGGUGCAGAUCGAGCGGCUGGAUGCCGUGGAGUCCUUGUGCGCAGACAUCCUAGAGUGGGCCGGGGUGGUGCCGCCCGCCUCCCAGCCACCUGUGGCUUCCUGAGGAGCAAGCCCGUGGCCUGUCCUCCCGGGACCCGCCAAGGACCUAACGAGGACCCUGCAGCUGUGAGUGGUGCCGAUGGACCACCAAGAAUCAAGGCUUUUGUGAUAGGCCGCCGUGUGCCUCAGGCUGUUCAAGGAGCUGGAGGAAAUGAGGCCUGUCUUUCAGCCUAAUCAAGGGUAAAGGAGUAGAGCUGGGACCCUCGGCAGCCCACUUGUGCUUCACCAGGUAGAGUAAAUGUUUAUUCACUCAUCCAGCCCACCAGCCCACCGUUGACUCAUUCAAGAGACACUGUUGGGUACUCCAAUGAGCCGAACCGCGUGGGGAUGAUGGAGGUGAAGGAUCUGGCCCCUGUAUGUGAGGAGCCUGCACUCCAGUGGGAGGCACAAGGAAGGCAUGUUCACAAACCACUUUGCCAGAAGACAUCAAACAAGCUGAGUGAAGUGAUGCUAACAAAAUGUAAUAUAAGUUCCGAGGGGGAGAUGAAGGAGGGCAUCCUCAUGAAGAAAGCAAACUCAAAAGUUUUGGUAGAAUGCCUAUAAAAUGCAGAUACCCCACUCCAUGCGUGGUUUUGGGUUCAGUACAAGUCUGCUAACAUCAUUAGGAUAACUUUACCUGUUUUCCUGAGGUCGUCUAUGUUCCUGCAGGCCUUCCGGUCAACAGUGGAAGAGCUCACUCUGCUGCUUCGUGUCACCAACAUGCAAGGCGUGCGUUUGUCCUACCAAGCAGACGUGCAGCAGCCGGUGUCGUUUACUGCCCGAGACCUAGGCCUGGGGACCCUGGGGUUCAGGAUUGCAUGUGAAUGGCUUUCCACCCUCAUCCGCGGCAGAUUUGACCCUUUGCGGGCACCAGUGCUCAAGGACACAGCAGUUUAGAUUAUCAUGUGUCAGACUGUUUUUGCUUCAGUCAGAUGUGAGUGAUCCACUCUGCUUAGAAAGGGAGAUGAUGACUUCUGAGAACUCGGUCAUGCACAAGUCUAGAUUCCGAAAGCAUCUGAGCCUGCGGCCGAGCCCCAGCAUGAGAGUCUCGGGCUCAGCCUUCCGAGCCCGCCAGAGACAGCGGCGCCCUGCGGUGCAGUGGGGAGCCUGGCCUCAGAGUCCAGGGAGCCUCUCUGUCCCUCAGCCUCAGUUUCUCUUCUGGAAAGGAGAGGUUAGUUGGUGAUUCCGUAAUCAGGGAAGUAAGGUUCAGGUGAGCAAAAUGAAAGUGGAGCUGUAGGAAGUGAAUACAGUGUGGGUCAUCAAGUAAAAUGGGAAUAAAAACAGAAAAACUCAGAAUUGGCAUUUUUCACAGUAACUGCAAUUGUUUGGCAUAACAUUUAUGGAGAUAAAGUUAAUACACUGGCAUUGUUCUUGGCAGAUUCUCGUAAUCCACCUGUAAUUGCCAAGAGCUCUCAAACCAGGCAGUGACCACUGCUGAGCUCCCUGAUGACAGAUGUGACAGUGAUGCGUACUUUAAAAAGUCACUGACUUAUAAAGCAAAGUUGCUAUAAUACAGUUGCAUGGCUGAACAAAUGUUUUGGGGGGGAAAUCAGUCAUGUCUUUAUCACCAACAAGCAAUUUCCUGCCAAUGAAUGCAGAACAUACUGUGAGAGGAUCAUAAUUAGGUCCUGAAUAUUUAAUAUCAUCAUUUACUGUGUCUGUUUGCUGCUGUUUUUCGGAACCUAUUUGAUAAAUCCUGCAAGCUAAAUCCUCCAUGGCAAAGCUUAAUUAUCCUUUUAAUUCCUCUUUGAAAUCCUUUCCCUGCUUUGUGAUAGUGAUGAAGAGAGUCUACCCUUAAUUACACUGCAGAUGUCACUUGUGACGAGCAGGCUGUCCCGAGAUAACAGCACGCACCCUCCUUAGAGCAGCGUGUUCAGUGAAGGAGGGGGCGGCUGUCCCUGGGCCGGGUGCUUGGCCUCGUUCCAUGCUACGGGGACUUGGGGGCAGCAGGUCUGCUGGCAUCAGGCCAUGUUCCAUGGGCUCUCAACCUGCUGUGUUAGGGAGCUAGUCCUUAUAUGGUGACACAUCCUUGUCAUUUGCUUAUUUGGAAACAAAUCAAACAACGAUCUUAUGAUCUUUAGCCUACAUCAUGGAAUUCGUAAUCAGCGAAGCCAUAAUAAUUCUCACUGACCAAACCUGGGGCCCCACCCCGCCAUUUUUAUAUGGAGAUAGUCAUUAUUUUGAAAUAGUAAAAAACAUUCAGAAAAUACCCCAGGCUAAGUCUGUGGCCCUUUGCCAGUGAA